ACUGAAACACUUCUGUUUGUGGAUACCAAAGUUUUUGCAGUCAUGAGUUUCUUGAGUUCAGUUGUGUCCCAAAGCAGCUGGUUCUGUUCCAACACCUGCUUCCACUCUGGACACCAGCAAGUUGCCAAUCCAAUAAUUCCCUAUGUUGGACCAAUAAUAUCAGGUGGAUUAAAACCAGGAAUGGCUCUCUAUAUCCAAGGAGUUGUUCCUGAUAAUGCCAAUCAGUUUUCAAUAAAUUUGCAAACAGGCCAGAAUAAAUACGACGACAUCGCUUUUCACUUCAAUCCCUGGAUCGGUCAGAAUGUAUAUCUGAACAGCUUCCAAAAUGGAAACUGGGCAUUGAGGGACUGUGUACCUGAUGAGUCCUUCACCAAAGGAGCAGCCUUCAAUAUGUUCAUUGUCAUCAACACAGAUGGUUAUGAGGUUUAUGUGAAUGACUUAAGACGCUACAUGUUCCAGCAUCGCAUUCCUUUAGACAGAGUUACUACACUCGCCAUCUGCGGCGACGUUAGCAUUGAUUUUUUUGGUUUGUGCGAAAACUGGAGAAGAACAGGCUUCACAGAGCAAGCAGUUACAAGCACAGGGAGAUCUUUCUCCAGCUUCUUACCAGUUCCUUCUGAGGUGUCACAGCAAGUCAUUCAGCCUGUUCUUCCCCAUGUAGGUAAAAUCAGGGACAGGUUAAAGCCAGAGAUGGCUGUAUUUUUCCAAGGAGCUCUUCCUGCACAUCCCAAAGAGUUUGAGAUAAAUUUCCAAACAGGACAGUCUGAUAGCGAUGACAUCGCUUUUCACUUCAACCCUCGCAUUGGGCAGUAUGUCUCGCUGAACAGUUUCAGGAAUGGAAGUUGGGACAAGGAGGAACGUGUCUCUGAUGAACUCUUUACCAAAGAAGCAGCUUUCUAUAUGUUUGUUGUGAUCGGUUUAGAGGGCUUUGAGGUUUAUGUGAAUGGUUUGCAACUCUGUAGGUUUAACCAUCGCGUUCCUCUGGAGAACAUUUCAACAAUUAGCAUUUAUGGAGAUGUUACAAUCCCCAUCUACGGUUUCAUCGAUAACUGGAACAGAUCCUUUACUUUUACGGAUUUUUUAAAAAUCACAGGGAUGGGAAGCUCAUUCCCGAGUCUGUUACCCAUCCUUUCGGAUAUUUCCCAUCCUGUCAUUCUUCCUACAAUUCCAUAUGUGGGAACAAUCAGAGGAGGGCUUAAACCAGAUAUGGCUGUAUUUUUUCAAGGCACUCUUCCUGCACAUGCCAAAAAGUUUGCAAUAAAUUUCCAAACAGGACAGUCUGAUAGCGAUGACAUUGCUUUCCACUUCAACCCUUGCAUCGGUCAAUAUGUUUGCCUGAACAGCUACAGAAAUGCAAGCUGGGAGCAGGAGGAAUCUACAUCUGAGAAACCUUUUACCAAGGGAGCAGCUUUCAAUAUGUUUAUCAUCAUCAAUUCCGAGGGCUAUGAGGUCCACGUGAACGGUGUCCAACUUUGUAUAUUUAAGCACCGCAUUCCUUUAGAGAACAUUACUACACUUGCCAUAUUCGGAGAUAUUUCGAUCUCCAUCUUUAGCUUCAUUGAUAACUGGAGUCGGUCACCUUUAUGUAUGGACCAAUCAAAUGUCACAGGAUGUAGGAGCUUGUUCUCCAAACACUUAUCUAUUCCUUCAGAGAUUUCACAUCCAGUCAUCCAGCCUGCACUACCGUAUAUGGGGAGCAUAAAAGAAGAAAUAAGACCAGAUAUGGCUCUUUUGUUCCAUGGUGUGGUUUCAGAACAUGGCAAAAGCUUUGAGAUCAACCUUCUGACAGGUGACUCUGGUUAUGAUGACAUUGCAUUUCACAUCAGUCCUCAUAUUGGUAAAUCUGUGGCCUUAAACAGCUUCAUGAAUGGCAGCUGGGAGACUGAGGAAUACGCCUCGGACAAUCCCUUCAGCAAGGGAGCAUCCUUUCAGAUGUUUUUUGUAAUCAACUCAGAGGGCUAUGACGUCUUUGUCAACAACCUGAAACACUGUACAUUCAAACACCAUAUUCCUUUGGAGAAGGUUUCAACACUUGGCAUUCGUGGAGAUGUUUCCAUUAACUACUUUGGUUUUGUUGAAAAUUGGAGCGCGUCCUCCGUGGCUAGGAAAAUGAAUGAGUUGACCAUUUCCGGGAUGCACAUUCCAUUAGAGAUUUCACAUCCAGUUGUCAACCCUGAACUUCCAUAUAGAGGUCCAAUCCCAGAAGGUUUAAGGACAGAUAUGGCUGUAACUCUUCAAGGAGCUCUUCCUGCAGAUGCCAAAGAGUUUACGAUAAAUUUCCAGACGGGUAAAAAUGAUGGUGAUGACAUCGCUUUUCACAUCAAUCCCCGAAUUGGUGAUUUAGUGGCUUUAAACAGCUUUAGAAAUGGUAGCUGGGAGACUGAGGAACAUGCCUCUGUCACAGCCUUUGCCAAGGAAGAAGCCUUGGAUAUGUCCAUUGCCAUCAACUCAGAGGGAUAUGAGGUCUAUGUGAAUGGAUUACACCACUGUACAUUCAAGCACCGUAUUCCUUUAGAGAAGGUUUCUACACUUGGCAUUUUUGGAGAUGUUAACGUCAAAUACUUCGGAUUUGUUGAAAAUUGGAGUAACUCCUCCAAUUUUAAGAAAAUUAAUGAAAUCACUACUGGGAGCCUGAUCGAUGUCCGUCCUGAGAUUUCAGCUGCGGUCAGCAACCCUGAAAUUCCAUAUGUAGGUGUAAUCCCUCAAGGAUUAAAGACAGACAUGGGCGUCAUGUUCCAAGUGUCUCUUCCUGCAGAUACCAAUGAUGCAGUGAUCUUCAAAAAUAUUCACCAUGAGACUGAAAACUUGAACGAAGCCUCCAUGACUGUGGAACUGAAUGAAAUCCAGAACACAUCACUGACUAGUGGGAGUCUGAUAGACGUCCCAGCAGAGAUUUCUCAUCCAGUCAGCGACCCUGAAAUUCCAUAUGUAGGUACAAUCUCAGGAGGAUUAAAGACAGACAUGGCUGUAGUCUUUCAAGGAGCUCUUCCUGCAGAUUCCAAAGAGUUUACGAUAAAUUUCCAGACGGGUAAAAAUGAUGGUGAUGACAUCGCUUUUCACAUCAACCCCCGAAUUGGUGAUUUAGUGGCUUUAAACAGCUUUAGAAAUGGUAGCUGGGAGACUGAGGAACAUGCCUCUGUCACAGCCUUUGCCAAGGAAGAAGCUUUGGAUAUGUCCAUUGGCAUCAACUCAGAGGGAUAUGAGGUCUAUGUGAAUGGAUUACACCACUGUACAUUCAAGCAUCGCAUUCCUUUAGAGAAGGUUUCUACACUUGGUAUUUUUGGAGACGUUAACAUCAAAUACUUUGGAUUUCUUGAUAACUGGAGUAACUCCUCCAUUUUUAAGAAAAUUAGUGAAAUCCAAGACAAGACAAUCACUACUGGGAGCCUGAUCGAUGUCCGUCCUGAGAUUUCAGCUGCGGUCAGCAACCCUGAAAUUCCAUAUGUAGGUGUAAUCCCUCAAGGAUUAAAGACAGACAUGGGCGUCAUGUUCCAAGUGUCUCUUCCUGCAGAUACCAAUGAUGCAGUGAUCUUCAAAAAUAUUCACCAUGAGACUGAAAACUUGAACGAAGCCUCCAUGACUGUGGAACUGAAUGAAAUCCAGAACACAUCACUGACUAGUGGGAGUCUGAUAGACGUCCCAGCAGAGAUUUCUCAUCCAGUCAGCGACCCUGAACUUCAAUAUGUUGGUGUAAUAAAUCAAAGAUUAAAGACAAACAGGGGCAUGAUGUUCAAAGUGUCUCUUCCUGCAGAUGCCAAUGAUGCUGUGAACUUAAAUACUUUUCACCAUGGAAGUAAAGUUGGUGCAACUAUCUUCAAUGUUUUUAGUAAUGAGACAUGGAGAAAUGAAUUCCUGCAUAAGCUGAGCAUUUCUGGGGACCUGAUGCACAUUCCAUCCGAGAUUUCACAUCCAGUCAUCUACCCUGAACUUCCAUACAGAGGUCCAAUCCCAGAAGGUUUAAGGACAGAUAUGGCUGUAACCCUUCAAGGAGCUCUUCCUGCAGAUGCCAAAGAGUUUACGAUAAAUUUCCAGACGGGUAAAAAUGAUGGCGAUGACGUCGCUUUUCACAUCAACCCCCGAAUUGGAGAUUUAGUGGCUUUAAACAGCUUUAGAAAUGGUAGCUGGGAGACUGAGGAACAUGCCUCUGUCACAGCCUUUGCCAAGGAAGCAGCCUUGGAUAUGUCCAUUGGCAUCAACUCAGAGGGAUAUGAGGUCUAUGUGAAUGGAUUACACCAGUGUACAUUCAAGCACCGCAUUCCUUUAGAGAAGGUUUCUACACUUGGUAUUUUUGGAGAUGUUAACGUCAAAUACUUUGGAUUUCUUGAAAACUGGAGUAACUCCUCCAUUUUUAAGAAAAUUAAUGAAAUCCAAGACAAGACAAUCACUACUGGGAGCCUGAUCGAUGUCUGUCCUGAGAUUUCACCUGCGGUCAGCAACCCUGAAAUUCCCUAUGUUGGUGUAAUCCCUCAAGGGUUAAAGAUAGACAGGGGCUUCAUGUUCCAAGUGGCUCUUCCUACAGAAGCCAAUGAUGCUGUAAACCUCAGAAGUAUUCACCAUGGAAGUGAAGAAAACAUAGGCGAAUCCUCUAUGAUUGUGAAAAUGAAUGAAAUCCAGGACACGUCACUGGCCAGUGGGAGCCUGAUGGACGUCCCAGAGGAGAGCAACCCUGAACUUCAAUAUGUUGGUGUAAUCUCCCAAGGGUUAAAGACAGACAUGGGCAUCAUGUUCCAAGUGUCUCUACCUGCAGAUGCCAAUGAUGCUGUGACCGUCAAAAGUAUUCACCAUGAAAGUGAAAACUUAAGUGAAUCCUCCAUGAUUGUGGAAAUGUCUGAAAUCCAGGACACGUCAGUGACUAGUGGGAGCCUGAUAGACGUCCCAGCAGAGAUUUCACAUCCAAUCAGCAACCCUGAAAUUCCAUAUGUAGGUGCAAUCCCAGGAGGAUUGAAGACAGACAUGGCUGUAGUCUUUCAAGGAGCUCUUCCUGCAGAUUCGAAAGAGUUUACAGUUAAUUUCCAGACGGGUAAAAAUGAUGGUGAUGACAUCGCUUUUCACAUCAAUCCCCGAAUUGGUGAUUUAGUGGCUUUAAACAGCUUUAGAAAUGGUAGCUGGGAGACUGAGGAACAUGCCUCUGUCACAGCCUUUGCCAAGGAAGGCGCCUUGAAUAUGUCCAUUGCCAUCAACUCAGAGGGAUAUGAGGUCUAUGUGAAUGGAUUACACCACUGUACAUUCAAGCACCGCAUUCCUUUAGAGAAGGUUUCUACACUUGGUAUUGUUGGAGAUGUUAACGUCAAAUACUUCGGAUUUGUUGAAAACUGGAGCAGUUCUUCCUUGGCGUUGAGAGAAAAUAAAGAACUCACACUUCUACCCAUCACGUCAGACAAGCUUGCGCUUCCAUUUGUAAGCACCAUCCCGGGUGGGAUAAGAGCAGAUAUGGCUGUACUGUUUUGUGGGACAGUUUUUGCAGACUCAAAUGAGUUUGAAAUAAAUUUCCAAACAGGUCAGUCCUCGGAUGAUAUCGCUUUUAACAUCAAUCCCCAAAUUGUCCGUUUCCUGGUGCUAAGCAGCCUCAGAAAAGGUAGUUGGGAAAGUGAAGAUUUAGCUUCAGACAAGGGAGCAGCCUUCAAUAUGUUUGUUGCCGUCAGAUUGGAGGGUUAUGAGGUCUUUGUGAAUGGCCUGCGGUAUUGCAUGUUCAAGCAUCGCAUUCCUUCAGAGACCAUUUCUUCACUUGGCAUUCGUGGAGAUGUUUUCGUCAAUUUUAUCGGUCUAAUUGACAACUGGAGUAGCUGCUCCAUGGUUAUGGAAAAAUCUUGCUGGAGACCGAUACCAAUCUCAUCACAGCUUUCACAUCCAUUCAGCAACUUGGUCCUUCCUUAUGUAGGAGUGAUCCCAGGAAAGGCAAGACCAGAUAUGGCUAUCUUGUUCCAAGGGGCUCUUCCAGCAGAUGCCAAUGAGUUUACAAUCAAUUUCCAAACAGGUGACUCUAAUGGUGAUGACAUCGCCUUUCACAUUAACCCCCAACUUGGCCAUCAUGUGGCAAUAAACAGCUUCAGAAAUGGUAGCUGGGAGACUGAGGAAUCUGUCUCGGACAAACCCUUCACCAAGGGAGCGUCCUUUAAUGUGUUUGUCGUCAUUAAAUCUGAGCACUAUGAGGUCUACGUGAAUGGCUUGGAACUUUGCACAUUCAAACACCGUAUUCCUGUAGAGAACAUUUCUACACUUGGCAUUUCUGGAGAUGUUUCCAUCAAUUUCAUUGGUUUUAUUGAGACCUGGAGCAAAUUUUCCUUCAUCAUAGAAAAUAAUGAACUCACAGGCAUGCGAAGCUCGUCCUGGAGACGCUCGUCCCAAAAGAUGAUCAGCACGUCAGCUUAAGAUUUUUAAUCACGUUCUCAUAACUGUGCUGGCUUCUGUUUUUUUUUAAUAGUCCUUUUGCAUCAUUAUUUAGAGUUUUAACUAGAAUUAGAAUUGUGUUCUGCAUGUAACCAUUUCAAUAAUAGAUUAGAAAUAUAGUUAACACUUUACAUUAAGAUUACCUCAAUGAACAUUAUUUACUGCAUUUAUUAACAUUAACGAAGCAUUAACUUUGUUUUUUUAAUAACAUCAUGAAUGGUUAAUAAUGUUAAAAUGUACCCAUUUAAUGUUUCUUACAUUAAUGACUAAAAAUGUCCACAGAGGUUCAAUUAUAGUACUAAAUGUUGAGAACUUAUUUAUCUUGUCUCCAAACAUAGAAAUUAUAGUACUUUCCUAACUUUUACUUUUAGAUCACAACUGCAAAAUUGGUUAUUUCUGGAUAAUACAUUUACAUUUCUAGCGUUCUAGCAGACAUCUUUAUCCAGAGCAACUUACACUUUAUCUCAUUUUAUACAACUGGGCAAUUGAGGGUUAAGGGCCUUGCUCAAGGGGCCAGCAGUGGCAGCCUAGUGGACCUGGGAUUCAAAGUAGUUCAUCAGUAGUCCAACACCUUAACCUCUAAGCUACCACAUACUUGUUUAUGUUAUUAAUCUUUAUGGUUGGUUGAUGUUAAGCAACACACUGUCAGUAAGUUUAACACAAACAUUUAUUCAAUAUACUGAAAAUAUUAAUUGUAGUCCC